CACACACAUCCUUAACCACGGUUCCUAUUCCGCGCGGGACUGAACCGCCCUUCAGCUUCCUAUAUAAAGAGCCCCUUGUCAACUUUAUUUUCACAUCGUAUUGAAUAGAACAAGUUUCCUGAUUUCAGGCGAGUACUAGUGCUCAAGAAAACAAACAAGCAUCCGUAGAUUGUUCCAAGUUUCUACUUAGCCAAGUUCAUGGUUGAUAUAGACAUCCAGAUCCCUACUAGUUUCGAUCCAUUUGCUGAGGCUGGGGAAUUUGGUGGGACUGGAACCAAAGAUUAUGUGCACAUACGAAUUCAACAGAGGAAUGGAAAGAAAAGCUUGACAACAGUUCAAGGACUGAAACAAGAUUUGAGCUACGAGAAGAUCCUCAAGAGUCUCAAAAAGGAGUUCUGUUGUAAUGGGAAUGUUGUGAAUGACAAAGAGCUUGGCAAAAUCAUUCAACUCCAAGGUGAUCAGCGCAAAAACGUUUCACAAUUCCUUGUUAAUGCUGGCAUCGUGAAGAAGGAUCAAAUCAAGAUUCAUGGCUUUUAAGGAAGUGAAGUUAUUGCUGUCUUGUUAUGAAUUAUAACCUUUCUGAAAUAAAUUUCUAGGCUGUCUCUUUUAUUCCUGUUUAUUCACCUCCUGGAUAAUGGAAUGUAAUGCUGGAGUUUCAUCAAUAAUGCUGGAUUUUAUUCGCUUAGUUUCAA